AUGAAGUACUGUACAGAAGAAAGUGUUCCAAUAUGGGAUGAGAUCAGCUGGAAGUCAACACCACCGGCACCGGUCAACAAGAUCUCCACCACAUCAAUCACCACCACCACCACCACCACAAACCAGUCAACAAGACCUCCAACACAUCUGUCAACACUACCACCAGCACUGGCCAACAAGACCUCCACCACAUCAGUCAAUGCCACCACCACCAGUCAGCAAGACCUCCACCACAUCAGUCAACACCACCAGCACUGGUCAACAAGACCUCCACACAUCAGUCAACAAGACCAUUACCAGCACCAGUCAACAAGACCACCACCACAUCUGUCAACAACAACACUCACCACCACCACCACCACCACCAGUCAACAAGACAUCCACCACAUCUGUCAACACUACCACCAGCACUGGUCAACAAGACCUCCACCACAUCAAUCAACACCACCACCACCACCACCAGUCAACAAGACUUCCACCACAUCUGUCAACACUACCACCAGCACUGGUCAACAAGACCUCCACCACAUCAGUCAACAACACACUACUACCACCACCAGCACCAGUCAACAAGACAUCCACCACAUCAGUCAACAACACCACUACCACCACCAGCACCGGUCCACAAGACCUCCAACACAUCAGUCAACACCACCGCCACCACCACCACCACCACCACCAGUCAACAAGGCAUCCACCACAUCUGUCAACACUACCACCAGCACCGGUCAACAAGACCUCCACCACAUCAGUCAACAACACCGCCACCGGUCAACAAGACCUCCACCACAUCAGUCAACACCACCGCCACCGGUCAACAAGACCUCCACCACAUCAGUCAACACUCUCCACCACAUCAGUCACCACUGUCAACAAGACCUCCACCACAUCAGUCAACACUACCACACUCACCAACAACACCACAUCAGCACAAGUCAACAAGACACCACAUCAGUCAACACCACUCAGCACAACAAGACCUCCACAGUCACCACCAGCACUGGUCAACAAGACCUCCACCACAUCAGUCACCAACAACAAGACUUCACCACAUCAGUCAACACCAGUCAACAAGACAUCCACCACAUCAGUCAACACUACCACCACCACUGGUCAACAAGACCUCCACCACAUCAAUCAACACUACCACCACCACCACCACCACCACCAGUCAACAAGACCUCCACCACAUCAACACCACUACCAGUCAACAAGACCUCCACCACAUCAGUCAACACCACCACUGCCACCGGUCAACAAGACAUCCACCACAUCAGUCAACAACAACACCACCACCACCAGCACCAGUCAACAAGACAUCCACCACAUCAGUCAACAACACCACCACCACCAGUCAACAAGACAUCCACCACAUCAGUCAACAACACCACCACCACCAGUCAACAAGACCUCCACCACAUCAGUCAACACCACCAGCACCGGUCAACAAGACCUCCACCACAUCAGUUAACACCACCACCACCACCAGUCAACAAGACCUCCACCACAUCAGUCAACAACACCACACUGGUCAACAAGACCUCUACCACAUCAGUCAACACCACCAGCACCGGUCAACAAGACAUCCACCACAUCAGUCAACACCACCACCACCACUGCCAUCGGUCAACAAGACCUCCACCACAUCAGUCAACACCACCAGCACCAGUCAACAAGACCUCCACCACAUCAGUCAACACCACCAGCACCGGUCAACAAGACCUCCACCACAUCAGUCAACACCACCAGCACCGGUCAACAAGACCUCCACCACAUCAUCCUACAGCAUCUCUUGAGAAAUCUGAAAAAGAUUGCUCAAAUGCUGCACAAGAGACAGUGUGGGUGGAGCCACCUUUCAAAUAUCACAACCAAUUAGGAGACAGCAGUCAAAAUUAA